GGGCUCCGAGGGGGCGGGGGCCGGAGGAAGCGGAAAGCCGCGCGGAGUCGCCGGGGACCUCGGUGAACCAUGUUGAGCCCUGCCAACGGGGAGCAGAUCCACCUGGUGAACUAUGUGGAGGACUACCUGGACUCCAUCGAGUCUCUGCCUUUCGAUCUGCAGAGAAACGUCUCUCUGAUGCGGGAGAUCGACGCGAAAUACCAAGAAAUCUUGAAGGAACUGGAUGAGUAUUACGAGAAGUUCAAGCGGGAGACGGACGGCACGCAGAGGAGGAGAGCGCUGCACUGCAUUCAGAGGGCCCUGAUUCGGAGCCAGGAGCUGGGCGACGAGAAGAUCCAGAUCGUGAGUCAGAUGGUGGAGCUGGUGGAGAACCGAGCCAGGCAGGUGGACAGUCACGUAGAACUCUUUGAGGCGCAUCAAGAGGUCAGUGACACCACCGGCCACAGCAAAGCUGGCCAGGAUAAGUCAAAAACUGAGACAGUCGCGCAGGCAGAAAAGCCUAACAGCAAGCGGUCCCGGCGACAGCGCAACAAUGAGAAUCGGGAAAACGCAGCUAAUAAUCACGACCAUGAUGACAUCACCUCCGGAACGCCGAAGGAGAAGAAGGCGAAGGCCUCCAAGAAGAAGAAACGCUCCAAGGCCAAGGCCGAGAGGGAGGCAUCCCCUGCGGACCUUCCCAUCGACCCGAACGAGCCCACGUACUGUCUGUGCGAUCAGGUCUCCUAUGGAGAGAUGAUCGGCUGCGACAAUGACGAGUGCCCCAUCGAGUGGUUCCACUUCUCCUGCGUGGGGCUGAGCCAUAAACCCAAGGGCAAGUGGUACUGCCCCAAAUGUCGAGGGGAGAACGAGAAGACCAUGGACAAGGCCCUGGAGAAGUCCAAAAAGGAGCGGGCCUACAACAGGUAGUGGCGGGCCUGGCUGGACCGAGGCGGCAGGGCGAGCCGUGCAUCCAUUGCCUCGCCACCUGGACGGGUGCAGGGACUGCACGUGUAGCCCUCUAAAGACUGGUGGAAGAGGGGCUCUUCCUCUCGUAGGGUUGACCGGGGUUCUCUUUGCUUUUCCGUUGGUGCACGUAUGUAACGAGAGAGUGGUCUGUGGGUCAGCAUUUUAGAAACUGCAAAUAUAGGUUUGAAUUAAACACUC